AUGUCAACGAUUGGAAAAACUAUAAGAUGUAAAGCUGCAGUAACGUGGGAUGCAGAUAAAUUAAGUCUCAAUAUCAUCCCUCAAAAAGAUAGCACCCUUGUUAAGGCUGCUUUUUUAUGGCCAAUUAUACAUGGCCACGAAGGUUCAGGAAUAGUUGAAUCGGUUGGUAAAGAUGUCACAUACGUAAAGCCUGGAGAUCAUGUUAUUACUACGUACAUUCCACGUUGUGGUAAAUGUGUAUAUUGUAAUAACAAUAGCACUGUUGUUCGUACCAAUUUUUGUCAAAUGUUUCUCAAUCAGUUGUCUGGUCUUAUGCCUGAUGGUACUAGUAGAAUCACUUGUAAAGGUCAACAAGUGUUUACUUUUUUGGGGGUUUCUUCAUUUUUCUUGACUGAUGAAAAUAUUGUCAAAAUCAAUCCUCGUGCCCCAUUGGAUAGUGUUUGUUUAUUGGCUUGUGGUCUUUCAACCGGUUAUGGUGGGGUAACAAGAAUAGCUAAUAUGAGAAUUGGUUCUAGUGUUGGAGUUUUUGGUUGUGGAGCUGUCGAUAAACCAAUUCAACAAGUUUUAAAAGAACUUACAGGUAUUGGGCUUGAUUAUACUUUCGAUUGCACCGGUAAUACAAAAAUAACCAUCGCGGCUCUUGAGGCAACAAAAAUAGGUACAGGAGAAUCAAUAGUUUUAGGUGUUUCCGAUAAAGGUGAGGAAGAUAUUGGCGUUGCACUGCAACAAUUAAUGUUGGCCUCCAAUGUUAAAAACGGUAAAAAAAUUGAUAAAGAAAGAACCAUCGCAAUCAAAUCAUCGUCAUCAACUUGCAUUACAAAUGAAACCAUAAAAGCAUCUUCAGGUGCAUUGGAGAUAGCCACAAUUGCUGGAUUAAGAUUUGAUGCUGAUCCAAUGGAUUACUCAGUUUCAAAAGCAGUGUAA